GGGGAGGGCGGGAGAGAACACAAACAGCGGCAGAGACAGAGCCGAGGUGGCCACGCUCUGCAGCAGCCUCGCCUCCCUCCCUUGACACUUGCCAGAUCUGGCCAGCAUGGUCGUCCUGAAUCCGAUGACUCUGGGAAUUUAUCUGCAGCUCUUCUUCUGCUCUGUCUUGUCUCAGCCGACUUUUAUCAACAGCGUCCUCCCAAUCUCAGCAGUUUUCUCUGCCAGCCCUUCCUGGCCUGGAUCAGAAGAAGCGAGGCGGACACAAGGCAUGCUGUCUCCCGACACCUCCUCCGCCCCCACUCUUCCCACCACCGUUCUUCAGAGGAGGCCGAAGUCCGCUUCUCUCCCCAGACACGAAGAAUCUCCUCUUGGAACUCGAGACCUCACAGUCCCCCUGCCUGCAAGGCUCGCUCGGCUCCCCUGGGCCCCCUGGCCCCCAGGGUCCACCGGGGCUUCCUGGCAAGACAGGACCAAAGGGAGAAAAGGGAGAAUUUGGCCGGCCAGGAAGGAAGGUAUGGUCCAUGCUGUUCUGUCAGCAUCCCACAGGCUACCGUGUGCCACGUGCGUGAGUGGUAGACCUGGCCCCCCAGGUGUUCCGGGCAUGCCUGGGCCCAUUGGCUGGCCAGGCCCUCAAGGACCCAGGGGUGAAAAAGGCGACCCGGGUGUGAUGGGCUUGCCAGGGUCAAGAGGACCAAUGGGCUCCAAGGGCUACCCUGGAUCCAAGGGAGAAAAGGGAUCCAGAGGUGAAAGGGGUGACUUGGGUCCCAAAGGCGAAAAGGGUUUCCCAGGAUUUCCUGGAAUGUUGGGACAGAAAGGUGAAAUGGGCCCGAAGGGUGAAUCUGGGAUAGCAGGGCAUCGAGGACCCACAGGAAGACCAGGCAAACGAGGAAAGCAGGGACAGAAGGGAGAUAGUGGAGUCGUGGGCCCACCUGGCAAACCUGGGCCUUCUGGUCAACCUGGCCGUCCAGGCCCUCCAGGCCCCCCAGGCCCCCCAUCUGCAGGACAGCUUCUCAUGGGACUCAAAGGGGAGAGAGGAUUUCCCGGGCCUCCAGGAAGAUGUCUGUGUGGAUCCUCUGUGAAUGUGAACAACCCUUCCUCUGGGGAAUCCGUGUACGGGCCCAGUUCCCCGAGAGUUCCUGUGAUUUUUGUGGUCAACAACCAGGAGGAGCUGGAGAGGCUCAACACCCAGAAUGCCAUUGCCUUGCGCAGAGACCAGAGAUCUUUGUACUUCAAGGACCGUCUGGGCUGGCUGCCCAUCCAGCUGACCCCUUUCUACCCUGUGGAUUACACCGUGGGCCAGCGUGGCACCUGUGGGGAUGGGGUCCUGCAGCCCGGGGAGGAGUGUGACGAUGGAAACUACGACGCGGGCGACGACUGCAUCAGCUGCCAUCGGGCCUACUGUGGAGAUGGCCACCGGCACGCGGGUGUGGAGGACUGUGAUGGCUCUGACUUCGGCCACCUGACCUGUGAGACCUAUCUCCCUGGGUCCUAUGGAGACUUGCGGUGCACCCAGUACUGCUACAUUGACUCCACGCCCUGCCGCUACUUCACAUGAGGCUGUGAGCACAGGAGAGGUGACCGACAGCCGCUUCCACCCUCAUCCUGCUGGCCUUGUGUUUUCCUGGGCCAGUGUCCAUCCACUAACCUUUGUGUGAAAAAAAAAAAAAAAAAGAUUACAAAUUCUUUGCUGCUAAGACAUGCUUUUGACAGUCUGACUGGAAGACUUAGGACCACUGUAUCCUGUCUUAAUCCAAAGUACCAGAAAACCUUCCACAUGCCCACCCUGGACACUACCUGGUCCCUCUCUUUUCCGACUGGCCAAAUGUCCUUUUUCUUCUGGAAUGUCACCGGCACGAGCCACGGACAUGGCUUUGCACUGUUACGUACCUUCCUGCAGGGCUGUUUUGUUUGCUCCCAUCUCCCCGGAAGCCUGGGAUACAGACUGCUCCCCCCGAGGGACCUCCAGACACAGCCAUCCUCACCAGAGCAGCCUGCUUUCAGGGCUUUGUGGGCCUGAAAGCCACAAAGCAGAGAAGCAGAUACAUUCUGUCCACGUGGCUUACAGCGAUGGACUUACAGAGGGACUUCAACUGGCCAGAGCCCUGCCAAGCCCUGUGCAGGUGCGGCUUCCCUGGGAAGAGACCCAACUGUGAAAAUAUACUGAGAAAGCCACGAGACCCACAUCUACCCAGCGUGGGGAGAAACACUGCUGGCAUGCAUUGUGCGGACAAUGACAGAGCAGUGGCUCCCCUGUCUUGUCACGUCCCGAAGGGACAGCUCUUGUAGUGUCUAAAGCCCUGGCACCAUCUUAACUUUGUAGCCCUCUGUGCCCUUUGAUGUCUGUCAGGCCCUUCAUGGCCGCUUCCUCUUCAGGGCACCAACUCCACAACUCCAGGUGGGCAUAGGUAACCCCUUGCCCUUAAGGAAAUACAGUCUUGCUUUUCCCUAUCUAGGACCCCAAUGCUGAGCAUGCUGUCACAGAGACUGUUUCUGUCCUGAGCCCCCAUCUUGCUCCUUGCUGACUGCAAAUGCCCCGUGACCUCCCCUCUUGUGUCUGUGUCUUAGGCAUCCUUGUCUUCACAGCUGUGUGCCUGAGCUGUGUCCCUUCUCCACAGAGGUCUGUGAGCUGUUUUCCAUCACUGCAUUUCCUGACUGGAACUUGGCUUCAUUUUGGAAUGACGUCUCCAGGACUUUUCCAGUAGUUACUAGAUGGAAGACCCCCACCCCCCUCCUGGCUUAGUACAAAACUAUCCAAUGAGCCUGAGUCUUGGGGACUCGGCUGGCAGGAACUUCUGACUCACUAGCCCGUCUAGGGUGACCUGGAGGUGAACUCGUCUCCCAGAGGUCACAUCAGCCUGAGGGUGGCAUCUCAUCAGGCAGGUGCGCUGGUCAGCUAGUUCCCUUGGCCCCCCAACGUCCCAAGGAGAGGAUGUUUCCACGCGAUUCCACCACCAGGCUGGAAUUUCUGGAUGGGAAAUAAAGGCAGUUCCUC